AUGGAGAAAGCAAAAUCAUCCUUUCAUGGUCACGCUAACGGAGGUCUCACCACUGUUCUUUCUAUUGAUAGAGGUGGAAUAAGAGGGAUUAUUCCAGGAGUUAUGCUUGCAUUCCUAGAGUCUAUGCUUCAGAAGAUAGAUGGUGAUCAUGUAAGGCUUGUAGAUUAUCUUGAUUGGGUUGUAGGGAUGAGCAGGCCUUAUGGCGUCUAUGCUUGCUACCCCAAAUAA